CAAUGGCUCAGCACCUUUAACAUAUGAUCCUUAAGUAUAAUAUCCUGAAUCUGUGACUUUUGGCCCUUUUAGAGUGAGGAUUAAAGGAUUGUAUUGUUUCACAGUCCCUGUCUAUCCUCCUUUGACUUGAGCAUCUGUAAUGAGUCCUGUUAAAGUGAGCCUUCUCUUGGUUUUACAUCAUGGUGUUCUCCUCUUUCUAACACGAUGCUGUGAAGGUCAGUCUCACAUGAUUGGUCCAACUCAGCCAGUAGUGGCAAUGAUUGGUGAUGACAUCAUUUUGCCAUGCCACCUGGAACCUGCUGUGGAUGCUGUUAAACUGACUGUGGAAUGGUCCAAACAGGACCUCACACCUAGAUUUGUCUAUGUGAGGCGAGUUGGUGUGGAGCUGCUGACUGAGCAGAAUUCAUUGUACACAAAAAGAACAUCACUCUCUGUCAGCAAACUGCAGUGUGGAGACAUUUCACUGAAACUCUCCACAGUGAAACUCUCAGAUGCAGGAACGUACAAAUGCCUUGUACCCAAAUUUGGUGCAGAAUCUGCGGUCCAGCUAGCUGUAGGUUCUGUUUCCUCACCACUCAUUGAACUCUCCACAGUCAAAAAUAAAGUUGUGUUAGAGUGUAAAUCUAAUGGCUGGUAUCCAGAGCCUCAGCUGUUGUGGCUGAACAGAGAGGGCAAACUCAUUUCUGCUGAACCUACAAAGACUGUCAGAGGUUCUGAUGGUCUCUAUACUGUCAGCAGCAAAGUGUCUGUGGAGAAAGGACACAGCUACAGCUUCACCUGCAGAGUCCAACAAAAGUCUAUUAGCCAAAUCAAAGAGGCACACAUCCAUGUUUCAGGUCAGUCUCACAUGAUUGGUCCAACUCAGCCAGUAGUGGCAAUGAUUGGUGAUGACAUCAUUUUGCCAUGCCACCUGGAACCUGCUGUGAAUGCUGGUGAUCUGACUGUGGAAUGGUCCAGAAAUGACCUCAAACCUAGAUUUGUCUAUCUGAGGCGAGAUGGUGUGGAGCUGCUGACUGAGCAGAAUUCAUUGUACACAAGAAGAACAUCACUCUCUGUCAGCAAACUGCAGUGUGGAGACAUUUCACUGAAACUCUCCACAGUGAAACUCUCAGAUGCAGGAACAUACAAAUGCCAUGCACCCGAAUUUAGUGCAGAAUCUGUGAUGGAGCUAACUGUAGGUUCUGUUUCCUCACCACUCAUUGAACUCUCCACAGUCAAAGAUAAAGUUGUGUUAGAGUGUGAAUCUAAUGGCUGGUAUCCAGAGCCUCAGCUGUUGUGGCUGAACAGUGAGGGCAAACUCAUUUCUGCUGAACCUACAAAGACUGUCAGAGGUUCUGAUGGUCUCUAUACUGUCAGCAGCAAAGUGUCUGUGGAGAAAGGACACAGCUACAGCUUCACCUGCAGAGUCCAACAAAAGUCUAUUAGCCAAAUCAAAGAGGCGCACAUCCAUGUUUCAGACGAUCUCUUUAUGGUCCAGUCUGAUACUGCUGUUCACAUUAUCGUCAACUUGGUUCUCUGUUUAAUAUCAGUUGGCACAAUAACGUCCAUAUUAUUCAUAAUAUGGAGGCAAGAACAAAAGAAAACUGAUGAAAGAGAGAUGAGGAUGGAGGAGCAUUCACAGAGAGAAGGUGAGGAAAAAAACAGACUUAAAGAUGAGUUGAAGAACCAUGAGGAAGACUUGACACAUAUCCACCAGAUCAUUAAAAACCAGAAUGAGAAGAAGAAAGAUCUGAAGAACCAGAGAGAUAAACUCAACUCACUACUGCAGGAGGACAAAGCAGAGAUGAAAGAGGUCACAAGUAAGCUGAAGAAGCCCCCCAAAAAGAAGCAUGAACAAUGGCAAGAUGACUUGAAGAAGAGAAUGGAAGAACAUGAAGAACUGUUAGUGAUUACAGACAAACUAAUGGAGGCAACAGAGAACAUUAUAAUCCAAAUGACAGAAAGGAAAGUAAAGCUAGAAAAGGACACAGAAAAAAAUCGUAAACACUUGAAGAAUUAAACAUCUCAGAAGAGGAAAACAAUGAACUAUUGUCUGAGAAUACAGCAGGAUUUUUAUUUAUUCAAUUUGUUGCUAAAAAUCACAAUGUUUGUCAACUCUUAUAAAAAGUUGCAUGUUAACUUUACACUCCCCGUUCCCCUCCAAUCUCACUGUAUAUUCUGUAUAACGACAAUGAAGGCAUUCUAUUCUAUUCUAUUCUUCAGUUGUGUACCUACAUCUUUUUCCCUUUAGGGAAGGACAGAGUAACACAUGACAAAUGCAACAUGGGUUUAGCUGUGCUUUUUCCCUCAUUUCUGUCUUUUUUAAAUGUGUUGCCAGAUAUUUCUUCAUUUGUUUGUUAGUUUGUUAUCUUUUUAAUCUUUUGAAUUGUGUCUGUGUGUAAGUAAGAAUUAUACUGUGAGAGAUGGAGGAAGAUCUGUUCAUGGAAACUA